AUGUUCCGGGUUCUACAUCACUUCACAACCACAUGGCUGCUGUUUCAAAUUAUCACUUACUGUCAAGGAGCAAUUCAUUGGACUUUCUUCCCAUCAGUUCCUGAGAAUAUUACUAAAAAUACUUUUCCUGUUACUAUUAAAUCUACAUAUAGCUCCAAAUCUGACAUUAUUCUAAUAAAAUGUCCUGAUUAUGAUUACAAACAUAGUAAUGAAAAUGAUAAAUUUACAGAGAAUAAAAAACUGACAAAUUUUGGUGUAUCAUUUGAAGGAACCACUCAUAUUUUUAUUUGGACACCACUGUCAUAUAAUGCAACAACAUAUAGUAUAAUCACUUGUGGAGAAGUUGCUAUAAAACGUGAUGAAGAAAAUCAUAUGCAUAAAAAUUGGAAGUUUAAAUACAAUUGGCAGUCUCAACCAAAACCAUUAGAAAUAGCAAAGAGAGAAAAAAUAUCAAAAACACUUCCUUCACAUAAUAAUUGUAGCAACGAUCCAACUAAAAUUGUUAAAUUUACCAAAGAUAAACAAGGCAAUAUGAAACGUCUCAAUAUAAAUAAUGGUGAAUUAAAGGAAGCAGAUGAAAUACCUCAUGCCAAUAAAUUGUAUUACUAUUUUGUUGUACCUGAUGAUAAUUCUAUUCUGGAACAUGUACCUCCUUGUGCAAUUAUAAAAGCAGUUAAUGAUAAACCAGAAAUAAAAAUUAAUGGUCAAGAACAUCCAGUAUCUCCUAAGAAUAGCAAAAUUCAUGUUCUUAAAAGAAAAACAAUGACGGAAGUUUUCAAUAUAAAACUUCACUUGAUGUCUCCAGAUGCUCCUGAUUUUUAUAAAGGUGAAAAAAUUUUAAUGAAAGAAAUGAGAUACACAGAAUCAAGUAUUAAAGAUAUACCAAAUACUGAUGAAAUGAUAAUGGACAGCCUUACUUUAAAUCAAUUUAAAAUACUGAAGUUUAGUUACAACUAUCCAACAAUUGAAAAUGAUAACGUUGUAGAAAAAAUAUAUUAUUUUGGACCAAUGAAGGAUGAUUAUAAAUUUCCAAAUCAGGACGUAUUAUAUCUGGCAAAUGAAACGUCCAUUCAACCAAAUUGUACCAUUAAUGGAAUCACUUAUGGAUAUUUUGAAUCUGUUACUUAUGAAAAUAAAACUAUUAAAUUAAAUGAAUUUAUUAAUAAUGAAAAAGAUAAUUUUAAACGUUAUGGAGAUUAUAUUAUUUUAAAAAAUAAUAAAACCAACAUGAUAUCUUUAAUGUGCCGUUAUAUUACUCCAACUGGAACUGUUACAUUAACUCAAACAUUUAUAAAAGGAAAAAAAGUAUUUAUGGGAAAAAAUGAAAAAGGUGAAGAUUUAUAUAAAAUUUUAUCACAAACUGAUGGAUCAGAAUAUGAAAAAAAAAUGGCUGAUAAAAAAAAGGAAAUGGAAUCUAUGAAAAAAUCUUUUAUUGAUAAAUUAAUUGAUUAUAUUGGUAUUGGUGGUACAUAUGGACUUAUUGGUGGUAUAUCUCUAUUUAUUAUUAUUAUAAUAAUAAUUAUUAUUUUAUUAUGUUAUUUCAAAUCAAUUAAACCACGUCUUAUCAGAAAAAAAAUUCAAAAAACUUAUCCCAAUAUAUUUGAAUUAUGGAAUGAUAUAUCAAAACAAAAAUUAGAAAAAUAUUCACAAAUUGGUGUUAAAAGAGAUUAUGUUGCUGAUCGUGAACAAUGCCAUGAUUAUAAAAAGACAUGUGAAGGUUUUGAAGAAAUAUUUACUGACACAACUUCCUUAUUUAAUAAUGAAUUAGUUAAAUGUUAUAAAGAUAUUAAUGGAGCAAUAACUGCCUAUUAUAUUGAUAAAAUAUCACCUCAAAAAAAAUAUAUCAUUUCUGAUGGACCAUCAAAUAAUAAUAUUAAUUAUUUUUGGGAACUGUUGUAUCGUGAAAAUGUUAAAGUUAUUGUGGCAUUUAUUGAUAUUGAAGAUGACUAUGUAAAUUAUUGGCCAAAAAAAUCUUCUCAAAAAUAUGGUAAUAUUAAUGUUGAAUUUAUUAAAAAUUUGUCUGCUAAUGAUAUUUCACAUUUAUCUAUUUAUCAUUUUCAAAUGACUGUUGAUGUUGGUAAACCAAAAGAAAUAACAUUAUUUCAUAUUAAUAAUUGGAAAGAACAUGAAUUACCUAAAACUGAUUUAUAUAUUACAAAAUUAUAUGAUGUUAUUUCUUCAUAUUCAGGCAAUAAUAUUACACUUAUUCAUUCAUCAAAACAACCUGAUUCACGUUCAUAUAUUUACCUAUACUUUUCUUGUGUCUAUGAAGUUAUGAAAGAAAAAAAGAAUAUAUCUAAUCCUAUGGAAAUUAUUAAAGAUAUUCGUGAAAAUUUUUAUGGUGGUAGUAUUUCUGCUAUUGAAUAUGCAUUUAUUAUCAAGUCACUUAUAUCAUAUUUUAUGGAAAAAAAUGUGCUUCUUGAUUUAAUUAAUCAUGGUUUAGAAUUUAAUGAGCAAUAUAAAAAAUAUAAAUACAAGUAUGAUUCACGUAUUAUUUAUAAGAAUGAAAAAGUUAAAUAUUUUAUCAGAUUUGUUAAUAUGAUUGAUCGUGGAAAAUUAAGAUAUCUUUAUGAUAAAUUUAUCAUAACAAAAAAAAUUGAUAAAAAAUAUAUUACCAAAAAAUGUUCUCGUUUUUAUGCUAUACUUCAAACUCCUAACAAAACCAAAAUACGCCAUCCAGAACUACCAUGUUAUGAUAAGCAUUCAAUAAAUAUUGGUGGAAAAGAAUGUAAGCAUAUUGAUAGAUUUAUUAAUGCUAAUGAAAUGAUUUAUAAAUAUGGUAAUGGUAAAGAAAGAAAAAUUAUCAUGUGUCAGGCACCUGUAAGAGCAACUGUUGAUGAUACAUAUGAUAUGUUUUAUAGAUAUCGUGUUAAAGUUGUUAUUUUACUUGUAAGUAAAGAAGAAAUUGAUGUUUUAGAUAAAUGUCAUUUCAAAUCAUAUCCUGAUAAUAAUAAAUUUGUUCAAUCAGCUAAUUAUGUUCUUAUAAAUAGAACUAGUAUUAGUGAUAAAAAUAGUUGCUUUUAUGAACAUGAUUGUGAGCUUCAACAUAUAGCCACAAAAAAAACAUUACUUCUAAAAUUAAUUCAAUAUAUGGAUUGGCCUAAUAAAAAUAUACCUGUUGAUAGAAAAACAUUAUAUGGAUUAUAUAAAAGAGCUGUUGAAUUAUGUAAAAAUGAUUAUUUGGUAAUACAGUGUAGUUCAGGUGUUGGAAGAUCUGGUACACUUGCAAUGAUCAUCCACAUGAUUGAUACAAUCGACAAGGAAAACCCAUUUGAUCCCUUCAAAAGUUUGGACUUUAUAAGGCAACAUCGUUUUAAAGGAGUCCAAACAAUAAGUCAAUUUUUCCUUGCUCUUUGUAUUCUUUAUCAACAUUUUAAAGAUGAAAUUAAAUUUGUUGAUCGAAAAUUAUAUGAUCAAUUUAUGGAAUUGACACAAAUUGUCUUUGAUGGAGAAAAAUUAAGUUAUUGCUAA